AUGGAUGUCGACUCCACGCAUGAAGACCCUCAAACUGGAUCUCUUAGCAAUGCUCACGAGGCGAAGCUUCAGCUAAAUACCAGAGUUAUGAAUGCAAUUCAAAAACGGAAGGCAAAUAAUCCGAAUAGUCUCUUUGUAUCGUCGCGGUGCUUCACAGCAAAUGAUGCUCCCACUCUUCUUCACAUUCUUCUGGAAAUACACUCCGGCAAGGACGAAGUACCUAUGACGAUAUCACAAUACCAUCAAUAUUUGAUGGACAACGUGGAGCUCCUGGAAGACCUUUUAUCUGCUUACACCUCCAAGAAUUAUGAAGAGCUAAUGGACCAUCCUCUGAUGCCAUACAAUCAAUCUCAAAAACUGGGCGCCAUGAAGCCAAGUGAAAGCGGGCACAGUCUCAAGUCAGCAUUUGAAGAUCAAUACGUCGGCAACACGGCCAAGCUGUUUAUCGAUACGCUCAACAGAGAAAGACUCUUGCCAACUGGGCAAGCUGCUGCUAACAGGCCGUAUAAUUGGUCUAUCUCGGUCGUUCAGUCAUCCGGCAUGGGCAAGUCGAGGAUGGUCGAAGAAGCUGCAAACACGGUAUUCACAAUCCCUAUCAACAUUCGUGAAAAGCUACCAGAAGGUCGCAUAACAUAUCCGCCGCCGGACAAAAAUAUACGUGAAUUCUUCUUGAAGCGCCAGAGCCUAAGCGACAAGCAGCAGCAAGCCGAUUAUAUGCUAUUUUUCAAGCUACUUUUUGAUAAGACCCACGAAGUGGUCCAAGAUUGUUUUUCGGGCAUUACUGGAUCCGAUUUAGCUCUUGCUUGGGCUAAAUAUCUCAACAAAGGGCAGAACAUAGUCGAGGUAGGGACAAAGCGAAAGCUCUUUUAUGACAGCGUUAUCAAAGACGCCGACCUAGUUAGCUCAAGCUUGAAGAUUAAUGAAUUCUCUCUCAGUGAAAUAGAGACCUCCAUGCAGAAAAGCUGUCAAACACUUCUGGAGCUAAUCCAACCUGGCUCUUCGAAUCAAGAUAAUAUCUGUUUGCUCUACUUUGAUGAAGCUCAUUCGCUAACCGAGUCUGUCAAAACACCAGAUGAGGAACACGAGCAGAGCCAAUACCAUAACCUCGGAAUAGCCAUCGCCAGUCUCAUCGACUACAGGUUGUUUUUCAUAUUUUUAUCGACCAACUCUCGAUUGGAAAACUUUGCUCCAGCACCUACCAGCUUUCCAUCUGACCGUGUGACUAACGGGUCAAGGUUGAUACCUCCUUUCACAGAACUACCAUUCGACAUCUACGAAUCGACAGUCCUAGAUGAUAUAAAAAUUUUAUCGCUCGAAAGCGUGUCCAAGACCGAAGUGAUGGUGGGAUUUGGCCGUGCUCUCUGGUAUUCAUAUCACAAGAGUAAUCCAAACAAGAACAUAUUCGAUUUGGCUGUGGAUAAACUCACGGCCUCUGGAGUCAACGACAGGAACAGCGAUGCGCUCCUUGCUGUACUGGGCGUUCGGAUAGGUAUCGCAUUCAACGCGACCAAUAAUACCACAUAUUCUAUACAGUCAAGGCUAGUAGAAUCUCAUCUCCGCGUGGUUUACUGGAUCCCCGAACACCAAGGAUACAUGUACACUGGAGCCCCGUCCGAACCUAUCCUAGCUGAGGCUGCUGCUCGGUACCUUAAUGCCUCUAACUCCGAUCGCAAAGGAAUCGCUGUCCUGGGACCAAGGCGACUAUCUGAGGAAAUCAAAAAAGGGCUUCUUGCUCGAGGAGAGCGCGGGGAGAUCGCAGGCCGACUACUAGUAACGGCAGCAUACGAAGCUGCCUUGACAAUUGACUCGACAAUGAAUAAUCGCAAGCCAUGGUAUCAUAAACCGAUCCCAGUCAUGGAUUUUCUUUUCGCCCUGUUCCACUCAAACCACCAUGACCUUAUCAAGGGAGCGAGGUCUCUAACUGGAUUAGAGAGUGUGCCCACUUUGAACCAAGCGUUUGCCAAUUGCCAUGUUUUUUUCUCGCACUUUGCCCUUGCUGAGGAUGCUAAUAUGCUGUCCUCAACAGGACUUGCUAUUGCUCUUGUACGUGGGAUGGCAUUACAGGCUAAAGACGGCCAUGAAUCUAUUGAUGCGGUCAUUCCGGUCCACAUUGGAUCUACAACAAGCCCGAUCGACCCAUCCACAACAUCGGCAAUCAAUCUACAGUUCAAGAAUCGACAAAGGCCUAUGGAGUGCAACGUCAAGCGCUCCAUCACCGUUCCUGAUUUGAAGCUGCCCGUAAUAUCAAUCGUGUUCGAGUUGGGCAUUACUGGAUCCAUUCGGGAGCCCGUCACCAUCGUUCAAGAGCCCCGUGGUCCCACACGUAGUGGAACAAGAGCGAUUCAUCCUGAUGAUCAUCACUACCAAAUAAUAGUCAAGGGCUGUAGUGGCAAAGCAUUCGGGGUAAUUUCAGAUGAAGCGGAGGCGCAGUACAAAGCUAUUCUAGGCGCUGCAAGUAUUCUGCAAGACUUUCCGCGCAACAAAAGCAAAGAGAACAUAGAAGCCUUGCUAGCAAUGAAACCGGCUUUUAGUGUGGCGAGGCAGAGUAAGUUGUACGGGAAGCACUGGAAAUUGUGA